UACUAUAUUAUAUCUCCAAUAUAAUGGCCCUUUUCAGAAUGGUUGUUGUUGCAGCCCUUUUCCUGUUGCUGGGAGCUUGGGUAUCUCAAGCCACUGCCCAUAAUAAUCAUGUCAACAAGCUUGGUUAUCCUAUGCCGAAACAACGUCCUUACAGCACAGAUGCCGAAACCAUCGACGACGAAAAGUACAGAAUUAAGAAUGAUGUUAUCAGAGAACGGCCGAGUUCAAAGUCCCAGGAAUAUAUGACCACUAAUAAUCCCUAUUCCAGACCGCCGAAGAAGUCGUCACCGAAAAGCUCCGGCGGCAAUUCCAACAAUAAUGGUGGAAAUCCGACCACCCAAAUGCCGAAUCCAUCCUUUAAUAAUGUCAGUCCGAACACUGUGGACGCCAUAAACAAUGUUGUUGAGACGACCACUGAAGCUAUGGCCGAACCUCCGCCUCCGCCGCCGCCUGAAUCAUCUGGAGCCUGCGAUGGGAAUCAAAGAGCUUUUGGGGGCUGGUUAGCGGUCAUAAUUGCAGUGUCGCUCUGUUAUCGUCAUCUCCUCUGAUGAAUUAUCCUCGUACUUGCAUAGGUUCUUCUUCUUCUUCUGCAUGAAACCAUAUUGGAAGCAAGCAAAUUGUGCAAAAUAUAAUGUUCCUAUUUCUCAAUUUU